UGUAGGCGGGAGAGGGAUGCUAACUAACGGAGCUGUAACGGUGGGGAUCGUGCUGGUCCUGCUGCUGCCCACUGCACAGGCUCGAACCGAUGACUUAAACUAUGAGGCAUCUGGACUUGCAUCCUCUCUGGACCAUGCUGCGCUGUCCACCUCCUCCGAUCAGCUGUCUAAAUUGCUCAUGAUUGAUGAUCCUAUGUCGGUCUUCCCUGCGGAUCAGACAAGUGUAAAAAAAGAUCUGAGAGAGGAGCCAGUGUUCUCCUCUGUACUGACUUUACUAGCCAGCACAGCUGCAAAACCACAGAGCCUUCUUCAUUCAGACUCGACUCUGGAGAGUCCUGUGAGGAGUGAGAACAAAACUAGCCAAUUGCCUGCAGAUGGUGUCAUUCAGAGAGUCGAAGCAUCCUUUAUGAUUCCAGCCUCUUCUUUGGUGCAAGUUAACAACCAGUCUUCAUCUUCAGAGAAGUCUAAGCUGGGCGACAGGAUUUUUGAGCUGACGUCGUCUUCCAUUACUUCUAGAGAAACUGAGACUUCUUCAAAAGAGAAAGACUCUGGUUCAACUCUCCUUCAAAUGAGAAACUUUACAUUAUCAGACAAAAAUGUGAACACUUCAGUACCUUUAGAAUCACCAGUCAAGGAGCUAACAGCUAGCAUUUUACCUCAACUUGUCACUGUCACCACUAUAGCUGAUUCCACAACUUUUACAGUGACUACUUUACCAGGGACUACAUCUACACAACUGACCAGCACAACUCAGCUAACCAGCACUAGACCUACUACCACUUCUACAACCACCACAACUACAGUUAAGCCUUUGAGGACUUUGGUACCUGCCAAGUCCCCUACACAGGUUACUACCAGCCAGUCUGCCCGGACCAGUCCAUCCAGAGCCACUGCAUCUCCUUUUACCACCACUCAAAGUCCUUCACUCAGCUGUAACAUCACAGAUAGGAUGUGGGUUAAAACAAUUCUGUCUGUACACUUGAGGAGGAACCGGCUGGACUACAUUCUGAAACAUAACCUUCCGAAAGGUCUCACAUUGGCACUGAUGAAGGCUCUGAAUGACAGCAAUAUCCGUGUACAGAUUGAAAGUCUGUUCAUCGUAGCCAACGUGACUGUGGGUUACUAUGUGACUCGUGGCGACAUGGUCUACUCUUCCUCUGUGGUAGUCGAGGCUCUGAGUGCUUACGGCUUGGACCGGCUGAUGGCGGACAUCCGGCAGUUUGUGCCUGUGGUUCAGGCAGUGCCAAUCCCAGCAGCCCACUGGAGACCCAUUCCUGCUAUUUCAUUCAUGCUAAAGACAGUUCUGAGAUUUGUAGGCCCUGGAGAGGAUUUAAGAUCCUGCAGAUUCACACAGCUGAUGGAGCAGCGAUUGGAGAAGGCUUUUGCUGAGGCUGAGACCAAAGUCUUGAACUCACACAGCAGACUCUCCGUACAGAUCUUGAGUGUGUCUCAGUCAGCUGGCUCUCCCGCAGUGUCUCUAAUAUAUGUGGUGCGUAACAAGACCACUGCUCUUAACGGCACUGUGGCCAGUAACCUGUUGAGUCACCUGACUGCUGAGCUUGUGGGCUACUUCCUGUUUUACCCUCCUCUCAUCACUGCAGAGCCUUUGGAGUACCACAACCUCAACACAUCGGUGGCAACCAAAGACUUCUGGGUGAUUACAGUGAUUCAAGAUGUGGAGAACUCGUCUCUGGAAGGCCAGUAUCAGAGCUUUGCCAGUCUGAUGGAGCAGCGCUUGGCGGAGCUCUUCCAGGUCGCACACCACCAGGGUGUCCGCAUUAGACGGGCCACAACGGUGGGCAGCUACACUAUCCAGAUGGUCGGCAUGAGGCGAGUAGCAGGACCGAAAAGCCCAGCUGAACUCACCUACUAUGUGCAGCUGAAUGGAACACCACUCCUCGGCACAACUGCAGCUAAAAUCCUGAACACAGUGGACUCCCAGACCAUGGCUCUGACUUUGGGCUACUUUGUCCAGCUUCAGGCUGAACCUGUAGUAAAGGGUCCAGCCAACAACCUCUGGAUCAUCGCUGCUGUUUUGGCUCCUAUUGGCAUUGUUACCAUCAUUAUCAUAAUCAUCACUGCGGUUGUGUGUCAUAAAAACAAAAACGACUUUAAAACAGAUGCACUUGGCAACCUGAAUCCUAGGAUCAAGACUACGUAUCGGAGAGAUGUGGGUUAUUUUCAUCAGCCAGUUCAGGGCUUUGACUAUGCAAAGCAGCACCUGGGCCAGCAGGGCACUGAUGAUGAUAAUCUACCUGUUACCCAGGAUUCAUUGGUGCUGCCGCUGUCUAUCCGCGAUGCUUCUUUAUCACUGGGCAAAGUGAUCCACCCAGACGGGACCAACUCCAAACUGAGCCUCGGCAGUGAAAUCCGGAAAAGCAGGUUGCCGAGCGAGGAGGGUUCAGCGUUCAGCGGAGAAUCUGUGAGGGAGGGUACGGGCCGAGGCUCCACGACAAAGAAAGUCACAGCACAGCAGAAUCUCACCAAGGAAAAAAGUAGGAAAAGGAAUGAUCAUUAUGACACCUCCAUGGGAUCUCUGCAGCUCAUCUCUGUUAAACCAGUGGAAACUCCACCUACAUACCCAGCAUCUUCUGACCGUAGUCAGGGUUCAGCCGUCCACAGUGGAGAGGUGAACUUAGCUCUGAAGCAGAGGUCUGAUAUUGAGCAUUACAGGAAUAAGCUGAGGUUGAAGGCGAAAAGGAAGGGAUACUAUGACUUUCCAUCAACUGAGGUCAGUGCCAGCUCAAAGGCUGUGAAACACAGUCACGACAGAACUGGGCACCAGCAAAUGCCAGCGACACGCCCACCCAGCAGGAUGCCUGAGUAUGACGACAGGAGCUCUACAUAUGUCAAAUCUCGGUGGAGGCACUCUGAGGUGAAACAUCCAGCAUAUCGGAGCAGACAGUCAUUAAACAGUCCAAGUCCUGGGGGAACCGAGAUGGACCUGCUGGUUAUGAGAGAACGGCCCAGAAAAGGCAUCCGUAAUAGUGGCUAUGAUACGGAGCCUGAGAUCAUUGAAGAGACUGAUGUGGAUGGACUAACAGCUCGUAGUCAAUAUAACUACAAGCAGCAGGCUAAAGGUCACUCGGAGACAUCCACACUGAGCUCACAGCCCUCUAUAGAUGAAGUACGUCAGCAGAUGCACCUACUGUUAGAAGAAGCUUUUAGCCUGGCAUCUGCAGGUCACACUUCAUCCAACAGGAGAGACCAUUAUCAGCAUGAGCACCAGCAGCUCAGUCUCUACAGCCCUGGACCUCCUAUCCCCUACACAGAGGGGACAACUAGUGCCCCUGGCACCAUGAAUCGUGCCAAGGAAGGGCUGCAGUGGGUGCCAGCCUACAGGCAAGACCUCUAUCAGUGCAGCGUAGGCAAACUGACUUUUAGGUUCACUCAGCUGCCAGAGAUGGGCUCUCCUCCUCCACCUAUUCCACCAAGAACAGGCCCUCCACCCAGGAGCUCACUGCGAAGGUCCCCCUCAGAUCUCUGUCCAAAGGCUCAUGACUCAGAAUCUUCAGCACCAGACACGCAUAGUCAGCAGGACACCACCAACUACGUGCCUGUCAACAGGGCAUCACUCCCACCCACCACUGAGCUUCCUCCCAAUUACUCAGGAAACCCAAUGACUGCUGUGUAUGCCAUCCCAGCCAGUAGACCAGGAUACCCAGGCUACUUCAUUUCAACACCUCCUUCGUCCUAUCAUAGUCCCUCAUGGAUGUCUUAUCCACCAGAGCCGGAGGAUGUGUCGUCUCAGUGGGUUGAUUCUGUUCCCUUGCCAGGUUAUGCUGAAGCAUUUCCAAACCCCAUGUAUCCACGAGGAAGCCCUCUCCAGUGGAAACCCAGCCAGACUGCAUCUGCUUCCCAGGAAGAAACAGGUCAGGCUUUCUCCUCCUCAGCUGAACCUGUGGACAUGCUCACUCCCAUCACCCUCUCCACCUCGGCCCUGGUCCAGGCCAUCCGUGACGAGGUGGCCAAACUGGCCAAAAAACAGGCAGACAUGUUCGAGUUCCAGGUCUAGAGCGCCCUCUGCUGAAAUCAAGGACAAACUGCACAAUGUGAGGAGCGCUGACUUGACAGCGUUUACCUGAUCAUUACCUGGUACUACGUGCUCUGGAAUUUAAUGGAACUUUCAUCACUGAAGCUGAAAGCUUUAUGUGUUUUAUGAAAACUGUCUAAUAUUUAUACAGCUUUGUUUUUCUUCCUACACAGGCACUGAUAAACUUUUGGAUAAAAUUUGAACAGCAUCUCUACCAAACUUACAAGAACGAUAUA